CUCUCGGGUAUACCUGUAAGGCACCAAGGAAAGAAAAUUCAUCAUGGACACUUCAGGCAAAAUAAUUACAUGCCGGGCAGCCAUUGCCUGGACAGCAAAUUCUUCUCUUUCAAUUGAGGAAGUACAAGUUGAACCACCAAAGGCUGGGGAAGUUCGUAUAAAGAUGGUAUCUACAGGGAUCUGCGGUACUGAUGAUCACACAAUAAAAGGAUUACUCUCAGCAGUCUUUCCUUUCAUCCCAGGCCAUGAAGGAGCUGGGAUUGUGGAGAGUAUUGGCAAAGGAGUGUGCUCGGUGAAACCAGGAGAUAAAGUCCUCACACUCAUUAUUCCACAGUGCAGAGAAUGCAGCUCCUGCUUGCAUCCCAAGGGAAACUUCUGUGAGAAGCAAGAUGUUCUGCCUUCUUCUGGAUUAAUGUUGGACGGGACAAGCAGAUUCAUCUGCAAAGGAAAAAAGAUUCAUCACUCUUUCCGUGCAAGCACAUUCACUGAAUAUACUGUUGUACCUGAGAUUGCAGUGGCAAAAAUUGAUGAUGCUGCUCCCCUGGAUAAAGUCAGUCUCAUAAGCUGUGAGGUGCCCACAGGUUAUGGGGCUGCUGUGCACUCAGCCAAGGUCACUCGUGGUUCCACCUGCGUGGUCUAUGGACUUGGUGGAAUCGGUUCAGCCAUUGUCAUGGGCUGCAAAGCAUCUGGUGCUUCUAGAAUCAUUGGGGUUGACAUCAAUGAGGAGAAGUUUCCCCGGGCCAGAGCGUUAGGAGUCACUGAUUGUCUCAACCCUCAAAAACUCAAGAAGCCUGUCCAGCAGGUGGUCAGGGAAAUGACAGGAGUUGGUGUUGACUUUGCCUUUGAGGCCAUUGGACUCAGUGAUGUCAUGCUUGCUGCUUGGGAUUCCUGCCACCUGAGCCAUGGUGUCUGUCUGAUCGUUGGGGUGGCUCCAGUAAAUACAAAGCUUUCCCUGGCUGCACCAAUGAUUGUCUCUGGACGGACGUUGAAGGGAGUAUGCUUAGGAGAUUAUAAAACCAGAGACUGUAUUCCCCAACUAGUGACUAGUUACCUGCAAAAUAAAAUUAAUAUAGAUCCAUUAGUAACCCAUCAGUUGCCUUUUGACCAACUCCACAAAGCUUUUGAGUUGUACCAUGCUGGAAAAACCAUCCGCUGUAUCCUGCUAUUCUGAGAUCCCAGAUGAUAAAAGGUGCAGGGACCUCCUUGGGGAUUUCAUUCCUUCGUGUAUCACCUCUCUGAUUGUUCCAGUACAGAGGAAGAGUAUCAAAGAUGGAAAUGUAGUGUAACUGUGCAAAAUAAAAUAAUGCAUCUUGAAUGUCACUGUAAUAAAAUAACUUCU